GCCCCUGCAGCGUGCAACAUGGCGCUGGUGCCCUGCCAGGUGCUGCGCGCCGCCAUCCUCCUGUCCUACUGCUCCAUCCUGUGCAAUUACAAGGCCAUUGACAUGCCCGCGCAUCAGACCUAUGGAGGCAGCUGGAAAUUUCUGACCUUCAUAGACCUGGUUAUCCAGGCUGUCUUCUUUGGGAUCUGCGUAUUGACUGACCUUUCCAGUCUUCUCACUAAAGGAAAUGACAGUCAAGAGCAAGAAAGGCAGCUUAAAAAACUCAUUUCCCUCCGUGACUGGAUGAUGGCUGUUCUGGCUUUCCCCAUUGGUGUGAUUCUGCCAUCAUUUGUGGUGAAAUAACAACUGGUUGUGAGGCAUGAGCAAGCAGUACAUCUGACUACUGAACUCUUUUCCCCAAGGAAAGUCUUCCCUGAUUUUCAGCUCCUGCUCCUUGUGAUUUCCUUCAUUGGCCCUGUUCAAAUUCACUUGACGUGAUUCUUUGCUAGCACCAGAUCCCACAUAAAGCCAGUACCAUGCUGAUUUGCUCUUAAUGCAGUCUGCCUUUAAUAACAGUUUACUUCUAUAUGCAGUGCCUUUAACCCUCAACCACUCUCCCAAGCAACAUAUUUAUGCGUGCACUUAACCACAGCUAUCUUGGGAGACUGCCAGAAGACUUACCUUAACUACACAACAGUGUACUUAAAAAAAAUUUGUCAAGGUCAAAGGUUUUCUUUUACUCUGUCAUGAAGCCAUCCAGGAAAUGAGUGAACUUAACUGUACAGGCUAGCCAAAACCAAAAAUACAUAUUGCAGGAAAAUAAAGUUCCACUGGGUUCAUUCUUCUUUUGCAUAACAUUUCUGGGUUGGGCUCAUGUGAAACAGCAAAUUGUGCAAUUCUUUUCACUGGCUUUCCUCUCUUAGUUUCUCUUUGCUUUCAUUCACAUUAUUUGAUUCACAGCCUUUUGAAUCACUAGCCAUUCCUCAGCUUAUCCUUUGAAAUUUCUCCCAUGGCCACGCCACAUGUGUUUCUCAUGCCUUUCUCUGAAGCUUCAGGGGCAGAAGACAAAAGCUCAAGGAAUAUCUGCUUUAGUGGGAAAACAUAGUUUUGUUUUCAGCCUCAUUUUAUUUCCUCUGCUGUGUAUGUAUUUAGUGAUAUUCUGGAUGCCCAUCACAAGUGAGCUUCCAAGGUUUGCUCGAAAGUUUGACGUUCCCUUUGGUCUGUAAUGGCCAUAGAAAGGACAAGUAGCAAAUGAGGGACUCUUGUGCUUUUAUAUCAUUUAACCAAGGCAUCAACAUCUUCAGAAAACUGGCAGUCUUAGGAUGUUUCUGUGCAAAGAAGUGUAAAAGCAAUUGCUGCUGUCUGUUUUCUUUCUGGACUUCUGGGCCGUAAGUUUGUCUAAAGAGGAGGUGAAAGAGUGGCAUUUGUGCCAUUUUGGCUUGGAAACAAAAGAAAAUAGAAGUCCUGGGCUCCCUGAAAUAAUCAUUCUGUCUGCUGACUCUGAGCAACCUGUUCAGCUUGGCAUUUGAGGGUAGUACUGUGAGUCUGGCUGUAAUAGUAAUGAACUGUGCCACGAGGUAGAUGAGAUUAUGAGCAUAAGAGAUGCAGUUCUGAGCCUCACAUAGGUAGCGUAAGGAAACAGCUUCUUGUGUCAUUGUUUUGUACUGCAAGGUAAUGUGUGUCCUUGGCAAAGCCCAGCCCAAAUUAUAUUCUACCAGUACCACACUGGUCUAAAUUACCAGCCCAAGAGGUGCUUAUUAACCAAAGUAAACAAAUUCAGAAACAACCAAGGAAGCUAAGUAAGAAAUUCUUGUAGCUUUUUUAAAUCCACAUUGUUCAUUUUUAUGGUUCAUUCUAUCCAAAUGAACAAAUGAUGAAGAGAGGUAAGGCGAACCAUUCAGACACUGGGAGGGAUCUUCCCCAGGGCAUUGUGUUAGUCUCACGUCUGGGACAGGUUGGUUCUGUAACACUUUGUUUCUGCGCACUUCCUUUACCUUAUGUCUGCCUCGCAAUAAUGCUUUGCUAAGCAGCCUUUGCCGUCUGUAACUCCAGAUGGUUGCAACCAGCCAGGUUGAUCUUGUUCCAUCCCUUGGCUGACGUUGGUUAAGAAACAGAUGGCAUGUCCCCUCUUUUCCUAUCCUUACCUCCAUGGCAAAGUCAAUUGUUCUAUUCUGCUCCACACAGAAAUCACAGAUCAAAACACACCCGCCAGCUUUGUUGCACUGAGUGUAAUGCAGUUCAACAAAAUUCUGGGUGUUUUUCCUUGCUGUAAGACUUCCUAGGAAAAAAAACAUUAUCAGUCUCAAUCUUCAUGCUCCUGAAUCUCUAUAUGGUUUUAUGUCCCAGUUGGUCUUAGCAGGUUCUCAGAGACCCACUGUAAUAAUACGUGACUUCUAGGAAACUUCUAGGAAGAUAGGAGAUACUUUCCUUCCAUUUUUCCUGUUGUUCAACUAUUCAUAUCUUGGCAUUCAUGUGUCAGGAGGUAUGUAAAGAGCUGGGUUGUGCCAAUGCCAGAAGAGAUGCAUCUUGUGGGGUACUUUACACUUGCGGUAUUUUUCAGGUUGCCCAUCAUAUCCUACUUUUUUUUUCCUGGCCUUUGUGCACUAGUCCAAUGUUCCAAGCUUAUUCGGAGCAGGCACUGAUUGCUAUCCUAACAGAUGGACAAGUGUGCUGGAAAACAAGAAGCUGUGUAGUGUAUGCGCACAGGGGGAACACCACACUGCUUCAGAUCAUUCAUAUAACUGUGAUUGAAGCAUGGCUGUCUGAGGUUAGAACAAGGUGCCACUGAUAAACGAUGACCUCAAUUUUAACUUCCCAGAGUCAGAAGCAUAUGAAACAGCUUAUACCAUCACACAUCCUUGUAAUUCGUGCACCCCCUUCACCAUGUAUUUCUUGCACUUCCACUUCCCACCCAAGAUUAAUCUUAACUCCUCCAAGUAAGACUGGCAACAUCAGUUCAGAUGAAUGUGAAUUCUUCCCUGCUGAUUUCAAGUCAUGCCCCUUGGGUCUCAGACUUUAAACUUGGGGUUGUUGCUACAAUGUAGAGAUACCCUCAGAAUUGUCACUGAAGAGCUCCUGGCCCAGGAAUGAUUUUCUCCUGCUGUAAACAGUAAGCCUUUUGUUACUAUCAAACUAUGAGCUCUAAUUCAAGGUAAAAAAAGAAAUUGCGUUUUAAUUAGACUACUGCAGACUAUGUUUUUUUCCCAGCUAAGGUUAGCUACCGCUGUUAUUUGUGUAAUUUUUUGUGGUUUUAUACUGUUUUUCAGACAUCAGGUUGUCUUCAACAAAUUAGUGACAUUUUGGCAAAAGUUGAGCCUAGUGCAAACUUUACCUGAGCCAUCUCUCCUGCCCUCAGUUUAGAAGUGAAUUGUUUCUGACAAGAGUGAAAGCAAAUUUUGUAUUGACAAAUGAGCAGGAACUGUUCUGUGGAUCCUAGGCCAUGAAUUGUAAACUGUCUGAAGGGUUAAUGUUUGUUUUAAUAGUGCUAUUUCAGUGAUUGACAAAAGUGCUAAAAUGACUUAAUAGUCUUCUAUUCACGGGUGAGUGCUUCAUAUUUAUAUGUCCUAUGAAUUCCAAGUAAUAUUUUGCCUGCUUUUCCAUUAGUUUUCUGUCCUGUUAGUGGUGAAACAUUAUUCAUGUGCCACAUCUGCUACUAAAAUACAGUACUCAGUUGCAAUUUGGCCACAGGCAUGUAAGUUAAAAACAGAGAUUUUUUUCCAGGAUGGAAGUCAAAUAGGAAAAAGACAAAUCAGAACAGUGAAUGCAAAUAAUGAUCCAGGUUCACACUGUUGAUUGAAGCAAAGUUCUGUUGAAGAGCAAUGAUAUCUGUAUCUGUCCAUAGAUCAUUUGCUUACUGCCCCACUUUGCUAUCUCAAUUAUGUAGCUAAUUGAUUAGGAGUGUUUAUUUAAAUUAUGUUUUCUCUUCUUU